UUAACAGUACACUGCAGUUGAUACACGAUAUUUGUUGAAAAGUUGGAAGCUCAAAUAAGAUAACAGAAAUGGGUCGCAAAUUUGUUGUUGGAGGUAACUGGAAGAUGAAUGGUGACAAAAAUCAAAUCAACGAAAUAGUUAAUAAUCUAAAAAAGGGACCUCUAGAUCCUAAUGUUGAGGUAAUUGUUGGUGUUCCUGCUAUUUACCUGUCUUAUGUGAAGACUAUCAUUCCUGAUAAUGUCGAAGUUGCAGCCCAGAACUGUUGGAAGUCUCCAAAAGGAGCUUUUACUGGUGAAAUUUCACCCGCUAUGAUCAAAGACGUUGGAGUAAAUUGGGUUAUACUUGGUCAUUCUGAAAGAAGAACAAUUUUUGGUGAAAAAGAUGAACUUGUUGCUGAAAAGGUUGCUCAUGCCCUUGAAUCUGGCUUGAAAGUCAUUGCCUGUAUUGGUGAGACUCUCGAAGAGAGAGAAUCUGGCAAGACUGAGGAAGUUGUUUUUAGACAAUUAAAAGCUUUAGUAUCGGCCAUUGGUGACAAAUGGGAAAAUAUUGUGCUUGCCUAUGAACCUGUAUGGGCUAUUGGUACAGGCAAGACUGCUACUCCCCAACAGGCUCAAGAUGUCCACCAUGCUCUUCGUAACUGGUUGUCGGCCAAUGUGAGUGGGAGUGUAUCUGACGCUGUACGUAUUCAGUACGGUGGCUCGGUCACAGCUGCUAAUGCUAAGGAGCUUGCAUCCUGCAAAGACAUUGAUGGUUUCUUAGUUGGUGGAGCCAGUCUUAAGCCUGAGUUUGUAGAAAUUGUAAAUGCUAAUCAAUAAAAUAAUGCAUUGAUUAUUAAAAAAAUGUUAUCACACUUGUUGAUAUGCUACUUCAAACAUAGAUUAUUUUUAAUGAAACAUAUUCUUUAAGCGUAAUCAUGUGUAAGUGAUAAUUUUUCAUGCUUUUAUGAAUAUUUAUUAUCAAUGUAUUUGAAAUAAAUUUUGCUCUUUUUGUUGUA